AUGUGUAUACGAUACAUAUAUAAAACAUAACCGUAUUAAAAAUACAAAUACAAAACGGGUGGAAAAAAUAGCAAUUAAACACCAUUAUCGAAUGUAAUUUACAUUUCUAUACAGCGGUGGGUUUUUUUACUACUUGUUGAAUCCCAUAGUAAGCACUAUGUUGUGUGGGUGUGUGGGUGUUAUGUAUGUAUGACAAGACGAGAUAAGAAUCAUUAACCGAAACUUGUGUGGAUAAUUCCGCGAUCGUUCCUUUAUAUCCGGGCUGUUUCUUCGUCUAAAGAGUUUUCACUUUGGCGAGAGAGAGAGAGAAGAAAAGAAGGAGAGAGCAGGAAAUUAAGUGUUUCAUUGAACGGCACCAGUUUUAUGAUAUAUUCAAUUAUUCAAGGUGUACAUGAUGAUGAUAAACCACAUUGCAAUUUUGAUUUUUCUCUCCAGUAUAGUUAUUUCUGCUUCACAAAAAUGGACUUACAAAAACAAGCUUGGUCAAACUGAAUACUGUUGUUUUUGUUAUUACGAUUUUCGUACAGAGAACACAAUUCAAGAAUGUCUUUCAAAAAAUAAAAAUGACACUCGUCGGCCAUUUUGCAUUUGCAAUAAGGGCAAACUUCCAAAGUGUCCGGAAUCUACAACUAUUUGCAACAGACAAAUAGCAUGUCCUGAAAACCUUGCAUAUCAAAUAUGUAAGGUGCCUUUCCUGGAUGAUGCCAAACUGGUAUGCAAUGACAGCCUACUAUGGGAAGCACACUUUACCUGUCCAGAGUGUCCAGAAAAUACAACUGUUUGCAACAGACGAAUAACAUGUCCUGAAAGGCAGUAUUAUCAAGAAUGUAAGGUGCCUUUUAGGAACAAUGGCAAAUUGGUUUGCAGUGACAAUCUGAAAUGGAAACCAAACUUUACCUGUCCAGGUGUUGUAUACUGGAUUUUGAAACGAAGAAAAUCAGGUCAGUGUUUGUAAUUCCUUUAUUGUGAU